AUGCUCUCUGGUGAGCUGGCCAGCGCCCAUGGCCCGGGGCCAGGGGUUGCCCUCCGUGUCAGGAGGAGCCCAGAUCCCUGCCUGCCCAACCCGUGCCAGCACCAGGGGCAGUGCCAGGUGCCUGUGGACAGACCUGUCUGCAGCUGCAAGCCAGGCUUCACAGGGGAAUUCUGCCAAGAUGUGGUGCUGAAGCUGGCCUGUGAGGAAGAGCACAUGAAGAUGAUGGUGAGGAAGGAGGUGUUUGAGCACUUGAAAAUCCCACUGGAGCUUGUCCACUUGAAGAACCAGGCAUGCAAGGUCUCAGAGAAGGAAGAAGAGGGUGAGCUGUUUUUUGCAGCCGUUCUCACAGGUGAAAACCACACUGCCUGUGGAUCAGUAAUCCAGCAAAACAGCUCCCAUGUCUCGUACUCCAACACCAUCGAGUCGGAGCAGGAGGCCCCCAGGGCCACCAUCUCCCGCAGUUUCCAGCUGGAGGUGCACUUCUCCUGCAUCUACGCCUACCAGCAGGUUGUGAGACUGCCCUUUGCUCUCACUGCUGUUGACAAGCUGGUACAACUUGUGGUCAGAGAAGGACACUUCAAUGUCAGCAUGAGACUCUACAAGUCCCCCUCCUACCUCGAGCCUUAUCACCUGCCAAGUGUGGCUGUGCCCCUCACGGACACUCUCUAUGUCCUGCUGAAGAUGGAGGGGCAGCACCAGCUCAAGUACUUCCUGCUCAGUGUUCUGGACUGCUGGGCCACGCCGAGCCCCGAUCCACACCAGGACAUGCAGCACAAGCUCAUUGAGCAGGGGUGUCCCCAUGAUGAGACAGUGACCUAUCUCAAUGCCAUUGGGGAGAGCACCAGUGCCAAGUUCAGCUUCCAGAUGUUCCAGUUUGUUGGUUACCCCGAGAUGUUCCUACACUGCCGUGUGCAGCUCUGUGUUCCUGACAGCCCAGAGCCCUGUGCCAAGCAAUGCCCCAGGCACGGGAGGAGCAGGCGGGCAGUGGCAGAUGACCACAACAGGAUUGUCUCCUACGGGCCCAUCCUCCUGCUGGCUGCUCCUCCCUCAGGAGCUGAGAUCCACCAUUCCAGCAGUGACCAGCAGGACCCAGCGGGACCCAGCCCGUGGCUCUCCAGGGCCCUCAUCCUGCUGGGUGUGCUCACCGUGCUUGCUGUGGCUGCUGUGGCUGUCAGCGUGAGGCGCAGGAUGGGUUAG